UCCGCCGUCGCGACAUGGAGCCGCCGAUGCUGCUAAGCACAGAGGAGAUGGUGGAGCUGUACCAGGAGCUGAGCAGGCACCCAGAGCUCAGCACUGCCUGCCUUGGCCCUGACAUCACCACGCAGUACGGGGGCAAGUACUGCAACCUUUACACUGAGUGGACACAGCGGGACCUGGCACGGGCCAAGAACAUCAAGUUCUGCCGUCAGUACCUGAUCUUCCAUGAUGGGGCCUCGGUUGUCUACUCAGGACCUGCUGGCACCUGCUCUGAGAUCAAGGAUGAGAUCCUGAGCCAGGAGUCCCCCAGUGGGGCACUGAAGGCUGUCCUGCGCAAGGUCCCUCCCAGCAAGGAGAAUGAGAAGGAGAAGCAGUUCCUGGAGGUUUGGGAUCAGAACUGCAAGGUGAAGAGCAUCGACCUGACGUCACUGAAGAAGCACGGCAGUGUCUAUGACAAUGACCAGUUUGGCUGCCUGGCCUGGUCACACUCGGAGACCCACCUGCUCUAUGUGGCGGAGAAGAAGCGUCCCAAGGCCAAGUCCUUCUUCCAGAGCAAAGACUCUGAGCUAGGCAUCUCUGACGAGGACACAGGAUGCCCUGAGAAAGAGGAUGCACCCCUCAAGGGCAAGCAGUUCGUGUACCAUGAGGACUGGGGGGAGGCGCUGAGUACCUGCAGUGUGCCCGUCCUCUGCAUCCUUGAUAUCGAAAGCAGCAGCAUCUCAGUGCUGGAGGGUGUCCCAGAGCACCUCUCUCCUGGCCAGGCUUUCUGGUCCCCUGAUGAUACUGGUGUGGUGUUUGUGGGCUGGUGGCACGAGCCCUUCCGCCUGGGGCUGCUACACUGCACCAAUCGGCGGUCAGCACUCUUCUACAUGGACCUGACGGGUGGGAGAUGCGAGCUGCUCUCUGAGGACACCAAGGCUGUGUGGUCCCCGCGGCUCAGCCCUGACCGCUGCCGCAUUGUCUACCUGGAGAACGAUGCCUUAGGACCCCAUCAGCAGUGCAGCUGCCUCCGCAUGUAUGACUGGUACACCAAGCAAACCAGCACCGUGCUGGAGGUUGUGCCACGGCAGACUUGGGGUGCUUUCCCAGGUAUCUAUUGUGGUGCUCUGCCACGGCUGUGCUGGGCAGCUGACAGCCGCAGGCUGGUGCUGGAUACAACCCAGCGCAGCCAGCAGGAUGUGUUUGUGGUGGACACGGUGACAGGCACCACAACCUCGCUGACAGCUGAUGCCCCCCAGGGAAGCUGGUCUGUCCUCACCAUCGACCGGGACCUCUUAGUGGCCAGGUUCUCCACUCCUAGCUGUCCCCCAACACUGAAAGUGGCCAUUCUGCCCGAGGCUGGCCAGGAGGCGCAGGCACACUGGGUCUGCCUGCAGGAUGCACCCCCUGUGCCUGGCAUCAGCUGGGGCAUCUGCACCCUGCAGCCCCCACCAGAGCAGGAACACCCCCAGUAUGCGGGUCUGGACUUUGAUGCCCUCUUGCUGUGCCCAAGUGAGGGCUCUGCCACCCAGAAGCACCCCUUAGUUGUGAUGCCCCAUGGAGGGCCCCACUCUGUCUUCACAGCCAGGUGGAUGCUGUACCCAGCAGCGCUCUGCCGCAGUGGCUUCGCGGUGCUGCUGGUGAAUUACCGUGGCUCAUUGGGCUUUGGCCAGGACAACGUGGCCUCCUUGCCAGGCAAUGUCGGCACACAGGAUGUGCACGAUGUGCAGUUCUGUGUAGAGCGGGUGCUACAAGAGGAAUCACUGGAUGCUGGCCGGGUGGCACUGGUGGGUGGCUCUCAUGGGGGCUUCUUGGCAUGCCACCUCCUUGGCCAGUUCCCUGACACCUACCACGCCUGUGUGGUCCGCAACCCUGUGGUGAACAUCGCCUCCAUGGUGACCACCACUGAUAUUCCUGAUUGGUGCCUGACGGAGACAGGGCUGCCCUACAUGCCUGACGCCCUGCCAGACCCAGUGCAGUGGGCAGAGAUGCUGAACAAGUCACCUAUGCGCUAUGUCAACCAGGUCCGUGCACCCGUGCUGCUGAUGCUGGGGGAGGAUGACCGGCGUGUCCCCCCCAAGCAGGGGCUGGAGUAUUACCGUGCCCUUAAGGCCCGAGGGGUCCCCACACGGCUGCUCUGGUACCCAGGGAACAACCACGCUCUGUCUGGAGUCGAGGCCGAAGCCGACAGUUUCAUGAACAUGGUGCUAUGGCUGCUGGAGCAUUUGCAGUGUCAGCAGCCCACCACUGCUGCCACCUUCCAAUAA